GGUUCUUCUUGGUCUUGCUCCAAUCACCAUGCGCGAUUCGCAGCCCAGCUAGCGAGGCCCAGCCCCACGUCUGGAGCUGGAGGUUCAUGUUCGGUCUAGUCGAGUUGAACUGGGAUGUUUGGUGGCUCUGUGGUGGUUCUGUGGUGGCUCUCAAGGGGAGAGAGAUUUCCAGCAAUUUUCGGUUCUUCGAUACCGGCCAACGGGUCUUCACUCGGGUUCCAUCAUCCAUGUCUCCGAGGGAUUGGGCGCGCGGGCCCCGCCGGGGACGGUCGGUCUCGGCCAGGAUCCACGAGGGUUGGGGUUGCUAAACGCCUGGGCGGAAGGAGAUCGUCGCGUGGGAAUUUUUUUCGCGCUUCUCCUUUUCUUAGGGGAAGUUCUGCUUUGGACGUGCCGGUUGUUGGUCGGUAUGGAUGCUAUUUUAUUGUGGGAGGGAGCUGGGAUGAUGCGCUGAGAUUAUUGAUUCGUGGGGGUUUAGUUGCAAAUCAAGGGAUCUAGGGUUGUAUAGGUUUUCUACUGGAUAUCUUGAUGUCAGGG